UGGUACAUAGAGAACUUUGUUAUUCUUUUUUUUUUGGACAUGUUUUCGUUACGAAUUUUGGUGGCGGUUUGCAUCGUCAUUAUUAGUAGAAGUGAAUGUGAAGGAAUGAAUUUUUAUGAAGAUAUAAUGGAUAAGAACCUUGACAUACGAGAAUUUUUGGGAAAUGAUAAAAUGGUGCAUAUUUAUGCCAAGUGUUUAAUUGAAGACGGUCCUUGUCCUGCGAUGGCCGUUCGUUUGAGAAAAAUGAUGCCUCAAUUAAUGGCUAAUAAAUGUUUUGGCUGCACGCAAAGAGAGAAAGAAUUAAAAGAAGUCAUUUUCCAGUACCUUCAAGAGAAAAAGCCAGAGACCUACAAAGCGUUGACUCGAAAAUUCGUUCCAAAUUCGACACACGAGAAUAGACAACAAAAUUGACCAACAGAAAAAUUUAUUUAUGUGGCUGUAAUUAUUCAUAUUUGUAAUUAGAUAAGACAUAUUUAUGUGGCAAAAAUUGACAGGUGGCUGUAUAUAAUUAUGUAAUUAUUUAAAUUAAUAAGACAUCAUUUGAUUUAUUCCUUAUCGAAAUUUAAAUUAAAUUACAAUUCUUAUCACAAAAUAAUUUA